GGUGGCGCGAAUAGCGUGCGCGGGGUGGUGCGGGCGCCUCCCCUCCCGUCCCGUAGUCAGCUUCUCCUCCUCCAUGUCCCCAUCCUGUGCCUCUGCCUUCGUGGUCGGGCACUGCGGCUCCGGCCAGCGGCCCGGGAGCACAGCUCCAGAAUGAAAAUGCAACUCUUGGGUCUGGUGGUCUGCCUGGUCCUUGGGACCCUGCAUACCGAGGCUUCCAGAGGGAAGCUGACAGCUGUGGAUCCUGAAACGAAAAUGAAUGUGAGUGAAAUUAUCUCGUACUGGGGAUUCCCUAGUGAGGAACACCUGGUUGAGACAGAAGAUGGAUAUAUCCUUUGUCUUCACCGGAUCCCUCACGGGAGGAAGAACCGUUCUAACAAAGGUCCCAGGCCCGUGGUGUUCCUGCAGCAUGGCUUGCUGGCAGAUUCCAGUAACUGGGUCACAAACCUGCCCAAUAGCAGCCUGGGCUUCAUCCUAGCAGAUGCCGGGUUUGAUGUGUGGCUGGGGAACAGCAGAGGAAACACCUGGUCUCGGAACCACAGAACUCUUCCUGUUUCUGAAGAUAAAUUCUGGGCCUUCAGUUUUGAUGAAAUGGCAAAUUAUGACCUACCAGCUUCAAUAAAGUUCAUUCUGAAUAAAACUGGCCAAGAACAAGUAUAUUAUGUGGGUCAUUCUCAAGGCACUACAGUGGGUUUUAUAGCAUUUUCACGGAUCCCUGAGCUGGCCAAGAAGAUUAAGAUGUUCUUUGCCCUUGCUCCUGUGACUUCAGUUGUGUUCUCUACCAGUCCUCUAACUAAAUUAGGACAAUUACCAGAUUUUCUCAUUAAGGACUUACUUGGGGUCAAAGAAUUUCUUCCUCAGAGUGCAUUUUUGAAGUGGCUGAGUACACAUGUUUGUACACAUGUCGUUCUGAAGGAGCUUUGUGGCAAUAUCUUUUUUCUUCUGUGUGGAUUUAAUGAGAGAAAUUUAAAUAUGUCUAGAGUGUCUGUAUAUGUAGCACACUCUCCUGCUGGAACUUCUGUGCAAAACAUAUUACACUGGAGCCAGGCUGUUAAAUUCCAAAAGUUUCAAGCCUUUGACUGGGGAAGCAGUGCCAAGAAUUAUUUUCAUUACAACCAGAGUUACCCUCCCACUUACAAGGUGAGAGACAUGCUCAUGCCGACUGCUGUCUGGAGCGGAGGUCAGGACUGGCUAGCGGACAUCAAGGACAUGAGCCUCUUACUGUCCCAGAUCACCAACUUGGUGUACAACAAGCAAAUUCCUAAGUGGGAACAUCUCGACUUUCUCUGGGGCUUGGACGCCCCUCAGCAGCUCUAUAAUGAAAUAGUGUAUCUAAUGAGGAAAUACCAGUGAGAGACAGGCUGGAGAAAUUUACCAUCAAGUCAAUGAUCAAGUCAUGUUAAUAUUUGUUUGCUAAAUUUCUCUAAAAUACUUGUUUUUCUUGCCCAGGUCUUUGCUAUUUGUAUAGUCAGAAAAUUAUGAUAUUGAAGAUGCCCAGUUCUGUUUAGUUAGGAUUAGGGAAUGUAUUCACUUUUUAAAAAAAUCAUGGUUGAAUAUGAAGCUAGUGUCUCAAUCAUAGGCUUAGAGAGUCUUUUAAUAAUACUACUGAUUUGCAAAAGGCUGUAACCAUUCUGUUCAUCCUUAUAACUUAAAAUAUACUAUAUUGCCUUUUUCCCCAUGUAUAGGAUACAUAUUGACAUAAGUGUGGAAUUUUUAAGCUGUGUUGUUUCUUGGUAAAUAAUCUGACACUGACUUGAAAAAAGCUUGGUGUGUAAGUGCCCAGUGUUCAUCUUUUUGCCUUAAAGGGCUCUCCAGUUGAGUGGCCUUGUAUCUGGAACCUAAAUGACACUUGAUCAUGUUCUUGUGCAGUAAGGUGCAGAGUCAAGUAGAGUGACACUCCAGCUGUGCCUAGUGGUAAAGAUUCUAUAAUGAAUUUUGUCAAACCUAACUGUGAUAGCAUUUCUUUAGCAAAGGCUUACAUUGCUCAAACCAAGCAAAAUAAUUUGUGGGAGUCUUCAAAAAUACAUGGCAUUGAUUUAAAAGCACAGUUAUUUUAAGUAGCUUAAAGAGUGAUACAUUCAACUAUCUAUAUUCAUGAACUCUAAAUUCUGUGGUAAGCUAUAAAUCCACUUUUUUGGGGAAGAAAAGUCCUGUGGAGAGAGUAUUCCACUAUUUUUCCUGAAAUUAAUACACUCUUAACCAGCUGCUGUAGCCUGGUGAUGAGUGAAGCAGUGGCCCUGAGGGUGCACAUCAGGAGGGUCCUAACUCAGUUUCAUACCAAAGAAAUGUGAAUGUUUUAAUACUAGAGCUCAGGGAUUCUUUUCAAUGGUGACUUUUUUUUUUUCAUUUGUAUGUGUCCAUAAUUUUAAUACUCAUGAUUUGCAGCCCUAAGUCAGGAAGCCCUUAUUUAACCUGUUUUUCUUGCAGCAUUGUUUCCUUACAAUACUGACAGCUGGACAGAAUGAUGACUAAUGUUUUUUUCUGAUAUAAUUACUUUAGCUGCAAUAAUAUACACUUGGUUUUGGCUAACGUGCAGACAGUGUACUACUUUGUGACAUUUUAAACUUUUCAGUACAUCUCAGUGAGCCUCAUGAUGUGUGUGUGUAGUGUGUGCCCUCUUUUGUUUAAUAGCCAUUCUGUACUUCCCCUUCUCCUUUGGCAGGACUUAACACUGUCCUUUCUCCUCUCCUCUCCCUCCUCCUUACUCCUGGUGGUGGGAGAGAGCUUAACAGAACGGCCUCAGUGCCAUAGGUGACCUGGUUUCCCUGGCCUGUUGCUGCCCUGGUAGUGCCCAGAGAUGUCCUUGAGGGCUUGUGCUCAGUGAAGCUCCCACACAACAGAUGAUAAACAUGAGCAAGGGCUGCAUUCUGUAGAGUUUACAUUUUAUUAGCAUGUUUUUCUCUUCCCCUCCUUUCCAAACUUUACUCUGGGGAGUUUUCUUCAGAGUGUGGGCCAGUCUAGAGGUGGAGAUGUUGCAAAGCUGUUCUUGUGACAUUGGGUUACAUUGCACAUUUACCUUUGGUGGUGGCCUCUUGCUCCUGACAUGGUCACACAAGUCCUUUCUAUCUUUAAAACCCUGGCUGCAUUAACUGGCUUUGCUUCAGCGUGGACUAAGGGUGCAAAACACAAUUGGAGCUUGUGUCUCUCAAGGAAUCUGUGACAGGUUAAUUGUUUUUCAACUAACUGGGGAAACUGACUCUAUUCUCUUCAACUGGAUUUGAUAUAUAUUCUUUGGAGCAGGGCACAAAGAUUUCUGCAGGCCUCUGGGACAAGAAGACUAGUUAAUAUUUUGCCAACUUGGAACUCUUAAGAUACUGUUUACAUGGGCAAAGCCACCAAUGAAGUCCCAUUUGAGAACAAAGUCAUUCUUCUCAUUUGCCAUGAGAGGGCAAUCUUGGCUCUGCUUCCAGCUUUUUCAUAAGGAGACUUCCUCUAGUCCCUUUGAGAAAGGCAGAGAGCCUUGUUGAUGUGUGAGCUAGUGAUAAUUUGAGGACGGGUAAGACCAACCGUGUCUGUGAUAUUUCUAUCCAGGAUCAUGACUAAUUCUUGCCUAAUUAAUAAUAAUCUCAAAGAAUAGCUGUGCCUCAAUGUGACCUUUAAGUAAAAAUGUGCUUAAUAAGUAAAUGAGUGGUCAGAACCUCAGGCAUGGGGAGGACGUGGCGAAGGCUUUAACCUAAGCCUCACUUUUAUUAAGGACCAAGAUGUAGACUAUUGAUAUUAUCUCCAAAUAAAAUUAUUUUGUGUU